UGCCCAAACCCACCCCAGAGCUCUCAAAAAGACAGACCAGCUGGAGGCGCCCCCAGACCUGUCAGGGGAGGGGCCGGACUCUCAGUGAGCGCCAGGCUCACCCAGGCCCAGCAGAGCCAGAGGGGCCUCCGACGCCGCCGAGCCCAGGCUGUGCUGACACUGGCCGCUGCCCAGCUGGCGUCUCAGGCCCCUCCGGCACCUGGAGAGCUCGGGCGGCCUGUGGGUGUGGGGGCGCGACGCCCCUCCGGGCCCAGCCUGGCUCUGCGUUGCAGGCUGCAGCAGCUGGACGAGGAGAACAGCGAGCUGAGGUCCUGCACACCCUGCCUGAAGGCCAGCAUCCAGCGGCUGGAGGAGGAGAAGCAGAAGUUGCUGGACGAGAUCGAAGAGCUGUCAGAGAGGCUCGGCGAGGAGCAGGCGACCAGGCGGCGGCUGGGGGACCGGCUGAGCCAGGAGCGGCACCAGUUCCAGAGGGACAAGGAGGCCACCCAGGAGCUCAUCGAGGACCUGCGCCGGCAGCUGGAGCACCUGCAGCUCUUCAAGCUGGAGGCGGAGCAGCGGCGCGGCCGGAGCAGCAGCCUGGGCCUGCAGGAGUACCAGAGCCGCGCGCGCGAGGGCGAGCUGGAGCUGGAGGUGCGCCGGCUGAAGCAGCUCCCGCCGGCCCUGCGGGUCAACCUGGGGGGGGGCCUGGGGCGCCCCCCCUGCCCGACUCUGCUGCAGCCCCAGGCAGCGCCCCGGUCGGGUCUCGGCCCUGCCCUGGCCGUCGCCCGGGCAGUGGGAGCAGGAAGUGGCCCCUGCAAGCCGGCUCUGGACAGCCCUCCCUGCCUGGGCUUCUUGGAGGCCCCUGCUGACCGGCCCUCCGGCCCCUGA